AUGGCUCCAACAAUCCUACAUCUACGCUCAGAGGACAAGCCUCUUGAGCACCGCUCUGCACUCACCCCCACCACAACUAAGGCCUUGAUCGAUGCUGGUUACGUCGUCAAUGUCGAGAAGAGUCCUGUCCGAAUCUUCGAUGAUGAAGAGUUCAGCGCCGUGGGAGCUACAUUAGUUCCUACCGGAAGCUGGCGGGAGGCACCUGAAGACCAUAUUAUUGUUGGUCUUAAGGAGCUCCCCGAAGAGAAAUUCCCUCUAAAGCACGUAUUUAUUCACUUUGCACACUGCUACAAGCAACAACGAGGCUGGGAAGAAGUCCUUGCCCGCUUCCCUCGCGGUAGUGGCACCCUUCUCGAUCUCGAGUUUCUCCAGGAGCCCGAGACGGGACGUCGUGUAGCAGCCUUUGGAUACCAGGCUGGAUUUAGCGGCAGCGCUCUGGCUAUCAAGAACUGGGCUUGGCAACUGACACAUCCGGGCGAGCCUCUCCCCGGCGUUGAGAGUUAUCCUAAUGAGGACGCGCUAGUCGCUGAUAUCAAGAAAGAUCUGGCUGCGGGACAGGCUAAGGCUGGAAAAUUACCUAGGGUCAUCGUAAUCGGUGCGCUGGGUCGAUGCGGUCGUGGCGCGGUUGAUUUGUGCCUCAAGGUCGGCGUGCCCACUGAUCAGAUCCUCAAGUGGGACUUAGCCGAGACGGCCAAGGGUGGUCCUUUCAAGGAGAUUGCCGAGAGCGACAUUUUUGUAAACUGCAUCUACCUGUCAUCUAAGAUCCCCCACUUCGUCAACUUGGACUCGCUGAAGGCUCCUGGACGUCAAUUGAGUGUCGUGUGCGAUGUCUCGGCUGACACAACGAACCCUUACAACCCUGUCCCCAUCUACACUGUUGCCACAACAUUCACCGAACCUACAGUACCUGUCGAGGGACUAGAGAACCCUCCUCUGAGCGUCAUCAGCAUUGACCACUUACCCAGCUUGCUACCUCGGGAAUCUUCCGAGUCGUUCAGCAAUGAUCUACUGCCGUAUCUUCUCAAGCUAAACGACUGGAAGAACAACCCGGUGUGGGCCGGUGCUUACAAGCUGUUCCAGGAGAAGGUGGCGACGCUACCCAAGGAGGCACUAGAAAACUAG